GGCCAAAACAUCAACACGUUACGUUCGCGGGCGUCGAAAAUGUGCGCGAGAAACACACAGAAACGUUGAUUUUUGACAACAUCAGUCAAAGCGAGUAGACGACAUACGUGCAGCCAUUUUAAAUAUAUACGUAAACAGACUGGUCUUUCUGGAAACCAGCAGUUACCCGAUUGAUGUCAGUGGUCAAAGUAAACACUACAACAGGAAAAGAAGUUGUUCCGAUCAACACAGGGAAGUUAAACUCACCGCAAAACUCCCCGGAUGAGCGAAUACCGAAGGCCUGACCAACUGUGCUGCUAAUGUGCUAACGUGGCUAAAUUCAGCUGGCCGAGCUAACGGGACGCUGUUGUUUCUAAGUCUGCACAGUAACUGGCUAAAAUGUUUGGUUCUUCAAGAUCUGGAGGAGUCAGAGGGGGCCAGGACCAGUUCAACUGGGAUGACGUAAAAGUUGAUAAACACAGAGAAAAUUAUCUUGGGAAUUCUUUGAUGGCACCAGUAGGACGAUGGCAAAAAGGCAAAGAUCUGACAUGGUAUGCAAAAGACAAAAAAGGCAAGAAAGUUUUGUCCAGAGAAGAAGAACUUGCUGCCAUCAAGGCUGCAGAGCACGAGGCACUGAUGGCUGCCCUUGGGCACAAGAAUAUAAAGAGACAACCAACUGGCCUGACUAAAGAGGACCUUGUAGAUGUUUGCAGGAGGGAAGAGGUUGAUGGUGAAGAGAGAAAUGUGGACCGUGUCUCAGGCUUGGGAAGCUCCAGUGCAGGGUCAAGGAAAAUGCUGCUCUCGCAAAAGGAAAAGGAGGCAGCAAAAAUCGGCUUGCCUGUUUUUACACACCACAAGACAGAGGCUGGUCCAGAAACCUCAACAAAAACGGUGUCUCAGAGUGUAGAAAAACAGGACGUGGAACAGCGGCACGAGAGCAAAAAGAAAAAGAAAGAAAAAAAGAGCAAAAAGGAGAAAAAGAAGAAGGAAAAAAAGAAGAAAAGGCACAGAAGAGACUCGUCCUCAUCCGAGUCGGAUGAUGAACGAAAGAGGCAGAAAAAGGACCACCAUCAUCAUAAUCCAUCAUACCAUAGUCAGAGUGGAGCCAGACCCCAUGACAGCCAUUCAAGGGGGGGAGCAAAGGCUGAACGACAGCCCUCCAACCCCCAUCACCGGCAGCAGCGACAUGACACAGACUCCUCUGAUGGGGGGUCUCCUGUCCCCCGUAACCCUGUCAGCCACAAGACGGCCCCUGCUGGUGCCGCACAAAGCCACAGGCGGCGCCACGACACAGACUCGGACGACUGAUGCCCCCCCGACCCCACCCCCCAAUUCAAAGACGCAUAAUGUGGACAGAAGCCACUACAGCAGAUUGACUGGCCCUGAAGACCUCGUGGAUGGAGAUGGGUCGAUGUGUCUGACUAACAGGCGUUGGCCUCGUUUUAACUUUUUCACCCAGUCAGUUGUCAUGGGACACUGGUGUUUUUUGUCUUUGUUUUUGGUUUUCUUAACACUGAAUAAACCAACAAAUACUGUGUGUUCUGUUAUA